AUGACUUAUCCACAAAGGCUAUACUCGAUAAGAGAGGCACGGACGGAAGCGGCAGCUGAAGCGAGUAAAACAAAGGACAGUGAAGAGGCACUAAGUGAGGUAGCGAAGAAUCAUAUUGCAGCGCUUGAUGCAGCUCUUGAGAAGGUCACUGCAGACUCACAGCGGAUAAUCGACACGUACGAGUUGAAUAGGCCGAUUGAGAUAGAGCCAGAGGAAAGCAUCUACCAAAACAUACAACGCGGUGGGUACGCAGCAUUAGCAUUUGUGGUCAGAAUGCGGUAUAAGGCGAAAGACACCAAAGCGGCUGGGAAACGCAACCAUGAAAGGGGAAAAAUCAAGAGUGAUAAAGCUGAUCGUGGUCGACGAGAAGGAUCAGCACGGUCUACAGGUUCAAACAGACGGUAG